AUGAUCCGUUGUGGCGGAAUAUCGCCCUUCAUGCCGCACAAAGCGCGCGACGCGACGCCCAGCGCCGGCACAAUCGCUUCCUUACGUCGGGUGUUAAAGGAGACAUUGAUACAACAUAUUGUGUUUUCAUGUAAUUUAUUAAAGAACUCUGUUUCAAUAUAUAUACAAGAUUGCCUCCCGGCGCCGCGCGCCCGCGCUCUGCACGAUGCCACGUCAAUUAAAGGGCCAGCUUUCAACAUUUUG